CUGCAGCGAGAGCGAGCGAGAGAGAGAGACGCAGACAGAGUUGCGAAGGAAAAUCACCAGAUGCCGCUCAAGAACACCGGCACCACCCUCCAUUCUUCAACCCUCAAAGCUCUCUGCUCAAUCCCUUCGCUCUUCCUCUCCAUCGCUCUUGUCACCAUCCUCCUGUCCUCUCUCUUCUUCCUCCGCUCCACCCCUCGCCUUCACUCCUCCUCCUACUCCGCCGCCUCUUCUUCUUCUUCUUCUUCUUCUCGAUCGCCCUUCAGCGACCGCAUCAAAGUCUACGUCGCACAGCUCCCCAGAUCUCUCAACUAUGGCCUCCUCGAGAGCUACUGGUCCUCGCCCCACGCCGACUCGAGGAUCUCCACCGACCCGGACCACCAAUCCGGGCCGACCCAUCUGCGCAAAUUCCCCGCCGGCAGUCGUCACCCGCCGUAUCCCGAGAACCCGCUGAUCAAGCAGUACAGCGCCGAGUACUGGAUCUUGGGCGAUCUCGAGACGCCGCCAGAAUUGAGGGGCGGGUCUUUGGCGGAGAGGGUUGGGAGCUGGGAGGAGGCGGAUGUGGUUUUCGUGCCGUUCUUCGCGACCCUGAGCACCGAAAUGCAGCUCGGGUGGGACAAGGGGAAGUUCAGGAAGAAGGAGGGGAACGAGGACUACGAGAGGCAGAGGGAAGUGGUGGAUCUCGUGAAGAGUUCCGAGGCGUGGAGGCGGUCGGGCGGGCGGGACCACGUGUUCGUUCUCACUGACCCGGUUGCAAUGUGGCAUGUGAGAGAUGAGAUCGCUCCAGCUAUUCUCCUUGUGGUGGAUUUUGGUGGAUGGUACAGGCUUGACUCCAAGUCUUCAAAUGGUAGCUCGUCUGAUUUGGUGCACCACACACAAGUUUCUUUGCUCAAGGAUGUUAUUGUGCCGUACACCCACCUGCUUCCUAGAUUACAUCUACCGGAGAGUCAGAAACGUCAAACCCUUCUUUACUUUAAAGGGGCUAAGCAUAGGCAUCGGGGCGGCGUAGUACGAGAGAAGCUGUGGGACUUGCUGGUCGAGUUGCCUGGUGUGAUCAUGGAGGAAGGCUUCCCUAAUGCCACUGGGAGAGAGCAGUCCAUUAAAGGAAUGAGAUCUUCUGAAUUCUGCUUGCAUCCUGCUGGGGAUACACCAACUUCCUGCCGACUUUUUGAUGCCAUAGAGAGUCUUUGUAUUCCUGUCAUCGUCAGCGACGACAUUGAACUCCCAUUCGAAGGGAUAUUGGAUUAUUCCGACUUCUCUGUUUUCGUCGCUACCGCAGAUGCCUUGAGGCCAAACUGGCUCACAAACCAUCUCAGAAGCUUUUCUGAAGAGCAAAAGGAUAGAUUUCGUCGAAACAUGGCGAAAGUCCAGUCAAACUUUGAGUACAAUAGUGGCCAUCCGGGUGGUAUUGGGCCUAUCCCUCCAGAUGGUGCGGUGAACUACAUCUGGAAAAAGGUGCACCAAAAAUUGCCUAUGAUCAAAGAAGCCAUCGUUCGGGAGCGAAGAAAACCACAUGGGGUUUCAGUCCCCCUGCGGUGCCAUUGUACCUAAAGAGUAUUUCCGAUUUACUCAUUCUUGCCAUGUUAUUAGUUCCAUCAGAGAAACGGGUUUAACAUGAUUUUGAUAAGUUAGAUAGUUUGGGGAUGAUGGGUCUGUAUUACCGGUGGCUAUUGAAAAUCAAGCAAGUAAAUUUUUUUGGA